GUUAUUCAGUUAUUCAAUUGAUGUUCAAUUGUUAUUGCGUUUUGUAAUUGACAUAACACUAAACAAGAUUUGUUUACAGAAAUCAUUAAGCAAAGAACUGAACUGUUUACAGAAAAUAUCCUUUAAUAUUAUAAAUAUAUUGAAAAGUAAUAACUAAAAAUGUUUUCCGGCGAAGUUAACUUUAAAAAUAUAUGUCGUUGCUGUCAUUCCAAUGGUUGUUUUAAGAACAUCACAACGGAAUACUAUCAUUCAGGUCACAAGGAGAUUUACGAAAAUAUGCUAAGUGAAGUUUUUAAUAUAAGUAUUUUACACUACGAUCGCGGUCCGGAGAUCAGUCAGCUGAUAUGCGAGAGCUGUAUUCUCAGUAUCAGAACGGCACUUGCGUUUAAAAAUAUGGUCAUUGCCAGCGAAACGAGACUAGCUAAUUUCAUGGAGACUUCACAUAACGAUGAUAAAGAUCCACAAAAUGAAAUAGAGGAUGCCUUAAUAAAGUCCGAGGUGUGUGAAGAUGGUUACGACGACGAAGACUUUAUGGAAGUUCAAAUGAAUGAUAUUUCAGAAUUUUCAGAUAAUGAUACGAUCAGUGUAAAAGAUGAAGGAGAAGAUGAAAUUGAAACGCAAGAGAAUUUUAAUGAGGCUUGUGGGGAAACGGAGGAACAAAAUCUUGAAGAAGGUAAAAGGAAAUCAAAAAGGAAACAAGUGGAUUGUGACAAAAAUAAUGAAAAGAACUGGAUAAAGAUAGCAGAGAGACGCGGCCUUGGGCCGAUACUUCGAGAAAAUUCUCUGAAACUCCUCUCGAACUCGACAAUGUUCGUGUUCCAAUGGAAUAAAAGCUGGUGGGCGUGCUUUUGUUGCAAAGAAAGCUUUAUGGAGAUGAGCGCUUUAAAAGAACAUUACAAAGAACAUUCAAUAAAAAGCAUCGAAAAAAAAAUUAUAGCGCAGCAGAACAGAUUGUUAAAAGUUGAAAUAUCGUCGUUAAAUUGUAAAAAAUGUAAAAUUAAGUGUGAAACAAUACAAGAUCUGCGCGAACACCUAAUCGAAAAGCAUAAAAUUAAAUUUGACUCUCAGGGUGACUUGUUGAUACCUUUCAAAAUUCUAACUGACGGCUUCAAAUGUCAGAUAUGUUCGGAAACAUUUACGAUGUUCCGUCUACUAAACUUACAUAUUAAUAGACAUUAUAAAAAUCACGUUUGUCAUAUAUGCGGAGCCAGUUUUGCAAAUUUAGUUUUUCUGAAUUUACACACAACUCGAACCCAUAGAACAUACAAUUGUAGUACUUGUGACAUUAACUUUACUUCAAAAACAGAUAAAAAAAAUCACGAUAGACUCGAGCACAAUGUUGUUUUCGAAAGAAAAUUACGUUUUCCUUGCCCAUACUGCGGUGAGAGAUUCUCUCAAGAGAAUUUCAAGGUACAACACUUAGUUGAAAAGCACGGCAUCGUAAAACCGGAACAUAAAUGUCCGUUUUGUGAUAAAGUUUAUAUUACAAAGAGUUUGUGUAAUAAUCACGUUAAAAAUGUUCAUAUGAAGGAAAAGAAGCACGAGUGCGAUGUUUGUCACAAUCUAUUUUAUACGAAGUCCGAUGUGACGCGGCAUAGAGUUACUCACACCGGGGAAAAAAAAUUUACCUGUUCUCUAUGUAACAAUACGUUUUCCACGCGUGAUUCUCUCCGUAGACAUUUGAAGAGAGCGCAUGACGCGUCCAAUUAAAGUGUAUUAAAAUAUUACCACUACCGCUUGUGAAUAGAACUAAAAUCCAAAAAUCAAUCCGGGAAAAUUCCUAAAAUACUCAAUUAUAUGCCUUUUGCAAGUCCUUAAAGACGUAACAUUAGUGCUACACGUGUAAAGAAGCGUUCACUAAUAUGAAAGAUAUUAAGAUAUGACGAAGGAGAAAGCGUUUUCAACGCGUGACUCUCCGUAUACAUUUGAAGAGAACGAAUGAUAUGUCCAAUUAAAGUGUAUUAAAAAUU